ACAAAGCCUGGAGGGGAAGCCGGCAGGGUGCAGAAUAAACCCUGGUUCUGAGCUGGAUUCAGGUCCUGGGGAAAGGCGCUGAAGCCCAUGCAGGCUCCAGGAACCAGCAUGCAGGAAGCAGUCAUCCUGCUGCUGCUCCUGGAGGCCUCGUCAGGAGGCGAAGCACUACACCUCGUCCACUUACCUGCCACCAGCAACGUGGCAGAAAAUUCUCCCCCUGGGACUUUGGUGCAUAAGUUUUCUGUGAAUUUAUCAGUGUCACUGGCACCUGUGGUCCCAGGAUUUCCCUUGAUAAUCAACUCAAGUCCCCUCAUUGAAGUCUUCAAGGUGAACAAGCUGACAGGCACUAACUUUGAGGUUGUCACCUUUGGGAAGCAACAACUGGAUUUUGAAACGGGACCAAACACAUUUGAUUUGCAGAUUUAUGUUAAAGAUGAGGUUGGGGUCACAGACCUGCAGAUCCUGACUGUCCAGGUGACAGAUGUGAAUGAGCCACCCGAGUUUCAAGGCAACUUGGCAAAGGGUACAGGUUUAGACCUCUUCGUAGCAGAAAGAGCGAACCCGGGAUUCAUUUACCAGGUGGAGGCCUUUGAUCCAGAGGACACGAGACGGCACAUACCCCUCAGUUAUUUCCUGACUUCCCCUUCAAGGAACUUCGGCAUGUCUGCUAAUGGCACCCUCUUCUCCACGACAGAAUUGGACUUUGAAGCAGGACACAAGAGUUUCCACCUUGUUGUGGAGGUGAGGGACAGUGGAGGCCUCAAAGCCUCCACAGAGCUCCGGGUGUCCAUCGUGAACAUCAAUGACGAGAUCCCUCUCUUCACCAGCCCGACGCGCGUGUACUCCAUCCCGGAGGAGCUGCGCGUGGGAACCAUUGUGGCCAAUGUCACAGCUGAGGACCCGGAUCAAGACGGAAGCUUCCCCGGCCACCUCCUGUACACCAUCACGACAGUCAGCAAGUACUUUGUGAUAAACCAGUUGACUGGCACAAUCCUAGUGGCCCGGAGGAUAGACCGAGAUGCCGGUGAAUUAAGACAGAAUCCCACCAUCUCUCUGGAAGUUCUCGUGAGGGACAGACCCUCCGGGGGCCAGGAAAACCGUAUCCAGAUAACCUUCAUUGUGGAGGAUGUCAAUGACAACCCAGCCACCUGCAGUCAGCUCACCUUCAGCAUUAUGGUGCCGGAAAGCGCGGCCAACGGGACGUUGCUCCUGGACCUAAGCAAGUUCUGCUUUGAUAGCGACAGCAAAGCCCCAAACAACGCAUUCAACUUCACCACGCCAUCUGGAGUGGGGAGCAGCCGCAGAUUUUUACAGGAUCCAGCUGGCUCUGGGAAAAUCGUGUUGACUGGCGAUCUAGACUGUGAGAAUCCAAGCAAUCUAGCUGCGGGUAAUCGGUACACGCUGAUAAUCCAGGUGCAGGACGUUGCUCCUCCUUAUUACAAAAACAACAUCCACAUUUCUAUCUUGACAAGCCCAGUAAAUGAGUUUCCUCUUGUCUUCGGGAGGCCCUCCUACGUGUUUGAUGUGUCAGAGUUAAGACCGGCUAGAACCCGAGUUGGACAGGUGCAAGCAAUGGACAAGGAUUUCCCCCAGAGCAGCAUCACGUACUCCAUCGCCAGCGGAGGAGCCAGCCUCCAGUACCCCAGUGUAUUUUGGAUUAAUCCCAAGACGGGAGAACUCCAGCUAGUAACUAAGGCAGACUAUGAAACCACUCCCACCUAUACUCUCAGAAUUCGGGCCACCAAUGGCGAGGACACGAGCUCAGUGACUGUCACCGUGAACAUCCUCGGGGAAAAUGAUGAAAAGCCAGUGUGCACCCCUGACUCUUACUUCCUGGCCAUCCCAGUGGAUCUGCAAGUUGGCACAAAUAUUCAGAAUUUCAAGCUCACGUGCACUGACCUUGACUCCAGCCCCAGAUCUUUUCGUUAUACCAUUGGCCCAGGCAACAUCAACAGUCACUUCGCCUUCUCUCCCAGCGCUGGCUCCAACGUUACACGCCUGCUGCUUGCUUCCCCCUUUGACUAUGCUGGCGGCCUUGACAAGGUCUGGGACUACGAACUGCUCGUGUACAUAACUGAUGACAACUUGCUGUCCGGCAGGACGAAAGCUGGGGCUCUUGUUGAAACAGGAACAGUGACACUGAGUGUUAAGGUCAUUCCCCUCCCAACCACCAUCAUCACCACAACUCCCGUGCCCAGGGUCACCUACCAGAUCCUCAGGGAAAAUGUGUACUCGCCAUCAGCGUGGUAUGUGCCUUUUGUUGUCACUCUGGGCUCCAUAUUGCUCCUGGGCUUCCUGUUGUGUCUGAUCGUCCUUUUGGCCAAAGCCAUCUCCAGAUGCUGCCCCUGCAAGACCAGGAAGAAUGAGAAACCUCCGGCAAAGAAAGGAGGUACCGACGUGCAGCAUGUGAAGAAAGCAGCCGUAGUGGAAGUGAUCCAGCUGAAUACCGUCUUUGAUGGAGAAGCUGUGGACCCAGUGACUGGGGAAACAUAUGAAUUCAACACAAAAACUGGAGCCAGAAGGUGGAAAAAGUCAACAGCCCAGAUGCCAGCAAGCAGAAAGCCCAGCGCCCAGGGACCCAUAGCUGCCCCACGCAGAGUCGCAGCUGGUGAAGGACCGGGGCUGCCUGGCAGCACCAGCCAGGAAGGAGAUGGGCCAAGGGGCCAAGAGCAUACCCAGGGUGUGGGCCUGGGUGUCAGAAGCAAGGAUGGCAAGCCGUGCACCCCAAAGCACAGAAACCCAGCCCCCACGAGCAGGGCACUCCCCAAGCCACAUGCAGCGAUGUGAACGGUGUGUAGUGCCAGGCCCAGCUCCAACCGCAGGAGUCCCUGCCUCCCCCUACACCUCACAGAUGCUGUCAGCCAUCAGGGCAAAUGGGAUGUUUCAGAACAUUUUUAAAAACCAGAAAGGGCUUGGAUCACACAGCUGCUGUCUUCUGCAAUGACACAGGAGAACCGUGUCUUGAGGCUCAGGACCACCCGCGCUUCUGAUCUACCCGGCCUGCUGGCUUUUGGACACUGGAAUGCUUUGCUUCCCCUUCGUGUAUUUCACCAGGAGGUUUAACACAGGGCUUUCUGACCCGCACACCUGGUUUCACCUGGGACUCCUGCCUUUACCUGAGCUCCCCCCAGCUUCGCUUAUAAAUACCUCUGUGAGCCACUUCAGGUCUUUCUCAGAAGCAGAGCAUGAAAAGAGGAAUGAAUGACUAGUGAUAUGCUCGUCUGGGAAUCAGAAGGCACAAGAGACACCCGCCUUUAUUCUCUUCUUGUUGAGGUAUAACUUACACUGACUAAAAUGCACAGAGCUAAGGUACUUAACCAGAUCCUAUAGAGGCGUCUCCCUGAGGUGAGCAGCAUUCUGAUCUCUAUUAGCAUAGAUUGCUUUUGUCAUUUUUGAGCUUCAAAUGAAUGGAACCACACAGUGUUCACUUCUGUGUCUCUGAGCUGUGUCCCUGUGGCCCCAUAUAGCAGUGGCCCACUUUUCUUCAUUGCUGUGUAUGAUGCUCCUGGAAGAUUAUAUUGCAAUUUAUCCACUCACUUGGGUGCUAUUUCAAGCUUUGUACAAUUAUGAGUUUUGGCACUACAAACCUUUUUGUACUUGUAUUUUGGUGAACAUAAAUAUUCAUUGCUUCCAAGCAUAUACCUAGGAAGAAGAUUGCUGCUUGCAAUUGCUGUGCAACUCCAAGGAUGCCAAGGUUGUGCAUCCAGGUUUCACUCCAACAGCAAAGACUGAGAGUUCCAUGUGCUCUGUGUCUUUGUCAACACUUAAGAUUCUCAGUCCUUUAAUUUUAGCCAUCCUGGUUAAAUAAGACUCCUAAAGUGAGAUCUAUUAUUCUCAAAGCUGAAAUAACACUAUCCUUACAACUAGCUCCCCUUCUUCUUCCCACUCUGCCCCUGAAGGGCCCCCCCAGCAUUCUGGGUGGAAACACACUGGAAAGUACUACCUGACCGUGCACCUCGGAUUUCCCCCUGUUCACCUAAGCACUGAAAGCGAGAGUCAAUGUUGUCCUAACAGAACAGGAAAUGACAGUUCGCACUGUGUGUCUCAGCAGAGAGAGACAGAGAGACAGAGACAGACACACAGAGAGAGACAGAAAAGAGGGAGAGAUAGGACAGACACAGAGAGACAGAGACAGAGAGAGAGAGAGCAAGUAUCGGGUAAGAAUCCCUGGAGCAGCACCCCUUCCCAGCAGGGGGUGAGUGAGGACCACCAGGGCCAUGGUGCCUGGGGAGGAGCAGACUGGAUGUUCCUGCCGACAGGGACUGGGACAGGGCACUUGCUUCUCCAUUGUCUGCCUGCGCCAGCACAACAGUUGGGCAGAUUUUUUGUUUGUUUUGUUUUAUUUAAGACAAGCUCUUACUAUGGAGCCCAGACUGGCCUCAGACUCUUGGCAAUCCUCCUGCCUCAGCCUCCUGAGCAUUGGGAUUACAGGCAUGCUCCACCAAUGCCUGGAAGAAGCUUUUUUUGUUUUCUUUUUUAGUGUUGGGGACCGAACCCAGGGCCUAGCCCACGACAGGCACGUGCUCUAUCACAGCACUAUACCCUAGUCCCUUCAUUAACCCCUGUUCAUAAACAGGGGUGCUGGCUGGGGAAUUCCCUCUAAUGGGGCUGAAAUUUAGCAAAAAGAAGGCUGAGCCAUCUGUUUGUGGAGUGCAGUGGCUGGGGUCCCCCGACUAACAUACCUUCCUUGGGUGCCUGCUUUGGUGUGAGGAGCAGGAGGCUGAGAAUGCAGGAGGGUCUGAGUCGCUAUUUAACACCACUAAGGAGGAUUAGAUGGAGCCCCAGACCGAGAAGGAACUGUGCUUGCUGGGUUGGAGUAGACUCCUGAAGGGCUUCCCGAAGGCCGACUCGCACGCAGAGCUCAGGUCCUCUCUGGUAUCAGUGGGCAGAGCUGCUUGCCUUCCUGGCCCCAGGGGAGCUAGAAGGAACCUGGGACCUGGGGACAAGGGUGGUGGCAGCUGGAGGCUCGAGGUGAGAUCUUCGUGGAGCCCUGUCCCUUUGCACAGCUGGCUGUGUGAUGAGGAGGAAUCCAGGAAUCUGAAGUCCAGACAGAGACCACUUGGUUUCUAAAUUUACCAGGACUGAAAAGGAAAAAAAGAGUUCUCUGAAUGAGAUGAUUCAGCAGCCAGUGUGGCCUGGGGUUUCUCCUGUUUCCCACAAGGCUGGAAGCACAGGCGGGUGGGUGAUAGCCUGUGUCCACCUUUCCCACCCUGAUUCACUAUCAGAUCUGGGCAGGUGCAUGCAGGGGUCUGGAGGGAUGGAAAUGCAUGUUCAGGGCGGAGGCUGGAGUCUCCUGCGCUCAGGAGGGAGCAGAGCCUGCCCGCCGUGGAACGGAAGCACGAAGAGUUCACGGGUGGAGAACACGGGUGCUGCUUCUGCUCCUCUGAGCCCUCUCCCGCCUCUGUGGCUUCCCUGUUUGCCUUUUUAUUUAGUGAGAUUUGUGAUGGCUGAGGAAAUUAAGCACCAGCGUGAGUAAACACUGAGAGCGAC